AUGGGUAGAGGCAAGAGGGAUGCGGAUCCGCGAAGACGAAGGAUUUUAGCACUCAAGAAGGUCAAAGUGUCUGACCCAUCAGUACAGCUUCUCCCUCUCUUUCCCUCUCUUCCUCUCUCUCUCUCUCUCUCUCUCUCUCUCUCACUGUUCGUUCCCCGGCAUUUCCUUCAAACUUUCAUUCAGUCUUUCAUGUUACUUAUUUACUAUAUUUCACUACAUCAGUCUAUACUUUUUCUUUUUUCUUUGUUUUUCAUUCCUUUUCUUCUCUUUUCUUCCUUUUUCUUUCCUUUUCUUCUUUUGUCUUUCCUUUACUUCCCCUUUUACUUUUCUUUACUUUUCUUUUCUUACCUUUUCACUUUCUUUUUCUUUCCUUUUCUCUUUUUUUCCUUUUCUUCCCUUUGUCUUCUCUUUUUCUUUGCUUCCCUCUCUCUUUCCUUUUUCUUUUCUUCGUUUUUUUCUUCUCUCUUUUUUCCAUUUCUUCCCUUUGACUUUCCUUUGCUUCCCUUUCUCUUUCCUUUUUCUUUUCUUCGUUUUUUUCUUCUCUCUUUUUUCCAUUUCUUCCCUUUGACUUUCCUUUGCUUCCCUCUCUCUUUCCUUCUUCUUUAA